UGCCGGAGGAGCCGGCGGAGGAGCCGGAGGAGCCGGCGAUGGCGGGCGCGGCGCGGGGGGCCGCCGGGGCGGAGGAGCAGGCCCCCUCUUCCUCCUCGGAGCCGGCGCCGCUGCUGCAGCAGAGCCGGGACUUCCUGGACCUCUUCUGGGGCAUCGCCAAGCCGGCCCAGGAGGAGCGGCUGGCGGCCACGGCGGCGCUGGUGAAGCGGCUGCGGGAGCGCCCCCAGGAGGCCGAGCUCCAGUACGCCCUGAGGCGGCUCAUCGAGGGCCUGGGAGCCACCCGGGAGGCGGCCAGGCCGGGCUUCAGCCUGGCCCUGAGCCAGGUGCUGCAGGGCGUGGAGGACAUCUCUCUGCAGAGCAUCCUGGACCAGAUAAAAGAGAAGCACAACCUGCAGAAGAAGAAGCUCCUGCGCAGCGCUGCUUUCGGGAACUUCUUUGGGGUCCUGGCCUUGUUUCAGUCGGGUCGUCUGCUGAAGGACCACAAGGUGCUAGUGGAAGCCGUCCAGCUUCUGCAGAGCCUGGCUCAACACCGCAACCACCUCCAGGACCUGCCUCGCCGUACCCUGGUGGACAUCGUGUCAGAGAUCCCGGAGCCUGUGUUCGAAGAGGUCCUGUUCAGCAUUCUCCAGGCAGACUUGGCAGCGGCCUUCAGCACUCCCGAGCAGCUGCAGCUCCUCCUGGUGGGGCUCCAGAAGUUCCCGAGUGUCCUGCAGCCCAAGAGGCUGAAGAAGCUCCUGGGCUCGGCUUCCGUGGUCACCAGGGAGACCGUGCCCAGGUUGGUGGAUGUUCUAAACGCAGCGGCAAAGUCUGUGAAGAAGGAGAAGGUGCUGCCCCCCGUGGGACUGGACCUUGUCCGCAUCGCCCUCCAGGAGGGGGCCUUUGAGCUCUUCUGGGGAGAGGUGGUGGAGAACGGGCUUCUCGAGGAGCACUCUGGGCCUGGCAGUUACACAGCCUUCCGCCUGCUGGGCAGUGCCCUACCCUUGCUAUCCCUGGAGCAACUCCGCGUGGUCCUCCGGGGAGAAGUGAUGCGUCGAUAUGGUGACCACGUGCUCUCUGCUCAGCUGCCCUCGAGGUUCAAGUUCGCCCCAGAGAUGGAGAAGUACGUGAGCUCCUUCCUGGAGGGCUGUGCAGACCCCGAGAAGCAACUGGCUGUGCUGGUGGCCUUCUCGUCCCUCACCAACCAGGGCUACCCUGUGGUGCCCAGCAUAUGGCCGGUAGUGAAGCACCUGAGGCCCGAGGCCUUGCAGCGCUACAGCAGCUGGCUGAAGGACAUGUUUCUGAGGCCCGACCUCAGCAGCUGUCUCGAGUUCAGCACCAGCCGUCAAAAGAAGAAUGCAGCCGAGGGCGAGGACGGGCACGGAGCGACGACUGAGAAGUCUGUGUUUCGCUUGCGGAAGUGGCUCAUUCAGAGACUCACCAGCAUCGUGGAGAACCCUCAGGUGACGAAGGAUGAGGCCUUCGUCGUGGGCAUAGCCAGGUUCUGCUUUUUUCAUUCAUUCUUUGAGACAAAGAAACUCUCCAGGGAUAUCCCUGAGUCUGAACACCGAGUGUCGGUGCCGCUGGACAGCGAGACCAGAGAUGCCACCGCCAACGCCUUCUUCAGUUUGCUGCAGACUCUGAACUUCCUACCCUUGCUCGGGGAAGUUGGCAAGAUGGCACCAAGCCUGCCCAAAGGGAAGAUCAGCCAUGGCAUGAUGGCGGACGGGCAGCUCUGGACCCAGUACCUUGCGUGUUACGCGGACCACCUGCUGUCCCACAGUAAGAACGUGCAGCCCGUGAAACCCUUCACCGAAGAGGAGAAGGCUGCUUGGGACAGGAUGUUGCAGUCCGCAGAUCAUCUGCAGCAGCGGGCCAAGGAUUUCCGCAUGGCCGAGAUCACAGCCUUCCAACAGCUCCUGCUCCUGGUGGGAAUCCACCUUUUUAAGGCUCCUGGUGAGUGCGUGGACCUGUUGAGUGACCUGCACAGCUGCUUGGAGAAAGCACUGGAUAAGAAAGCCAAGAAGGCAGCGGCAGGUGCCGAGGAGCCCCACUGGGUGGAGGUGAUGGUGGAGAUCCUGCUGACCCUGCUGUCCCAGCCCAGCCGUCUCAUGCGCCAAGUGUCUCGCAGCGUGUUUGCCCGCAUCUGCCCGCACCUCAACCGGCGGGCCCUGCAGCUGAUCUUGGAUGUGCUGGACCCCGAUCAAGAGGAGGACGGGGCAGUGGUGGUCACAGAGGAGGCUGGCGGGAAGAGGCCGAUGGCUGGGGAGGAUGAGAGCGAGGACGACUCGACAGGUGACGACGAGGACGACUCCAGGGACAGCUCGGGCAGUGAGGACGAAGAUGCAGACGAGGCCAGUGACGGGGAGGUGGACAGCGGUUUUCGUCAGCGACUGAUGAACGUGCUUCAGGCGGGGAAGGCGCUGGACGCCGAGGCUGAGAGCAGCGACGAGGAGCUGGAUGACGAUGCCAUGUUGGCCUUGGACGCGCGCCUGUCCAGUCUCUUUGCGGAGCAGAAGCUGCGCAUGCAGGCCAAGAAGCAGGAGAAGGACAAGAUGCAGAAGGAGAAGAACCUUCGGCGGGACUUCAAGAUUAAGGUCCUGGACCUGGUGGAGGGCUUCCUGACCAAGCAGCCCGAGAACCCCCUGGUUCUGGAGCUGAUGGAACCCCUGCUGGCCGUCAUCGAGCGCAGCAUGAGCUGUGACUCCACUAAGCAGGAACAGGACUUCCUGCACAAGACGGCCGACAUCUUCACGAACCAGCUGUGCCGGGCCAAGCAGUAUUGCCGCAGCGUGGCGAGCCAGGCGGAAGGCCUCCACGCCAUGCUGGAGCGGCUGGUUCAGCGGGCUGGCCGCCAGGCGGACUCCGCAGUUGCCCUCUACCACUUCAGUGCUUCCCUCUACCUGCUCCGAGUCCUGAAGGGGAACACCGCCGAGCCGCCAGUGGCCCUGUCUCUAAAGAAGCGGCGGAAAGUCAGUGCCCCCCCGAAAGCCGAGGGCUCCUCCAGCUGCCUGGACCUGGCCCGAGUGACUCGGCUGUACACCGAGGCACUGACCAGCUUCCUGUCAAAGCGGAACAGCCCCUUCACGGCCACCAUGUUUGUGGACCUCUUCACCCGCCACCCUUUGGUGUGUCAGCAACUGAUCCCUGUCGUCCUCCCGUUUAUCACCACUGGAGCCCGGCCCUACCACCAGGCCCAGGCUUGCUUGAUGCUCCUGAAGGCCCUGCAGAUGCGGGAGCUGAAGCAGUCCCUGGAGGGCCCGGCCUGGCAGGAGCUGAUUGAGGACAGCGUCAGGCAGACCACAGAGAGUCUGAGAAUGGUGGGCAAGGCCGUGAACAAAAGCCUUCACCUCAAGCUGUUCAAGGCCCUGGAGCUCCUGGCCUUUCUCAUAAAGACUGUGAAAGAGGAGAAGCUGCCCACGAGCCUGGAGGCUCCCCUGGCCGUGCUCCAGGACCUGCGGCAGAGUGACCGCCUGGGCCCCACAGGCCGCCUCUCCGACCUCACCUGGCAGGCCCUGAAGCUGCUGGGCAUUCAGCGCCCCAAGGAGGAGAAAGUCAAGGUCUCUCAGACCAAGGGGGAAGCCAGAGCCCCUGAGGAGCGGGGGAGUCGGAAGCGGAAGAAGGGCUUCCUCCCGGAAACCAAGAAGCGUAACAAGAAGCGGCGGGACAAGCUGGCAGCUGCCGAGGGCAGCACGGAGACCGCUGAGGGUGGCACGGAGACUGCCGCCGCCGAGGGCACAGGGAAGAAGAGGAGGAAGAGGAGGAGGAAAUCGAAGCAGCGUCAGACGCCCUCCCAGCCUGGAGUGAAUGGCACCACGCGGGGCCCCCCCGCCCCGCACACCAGUCAGACCGAGACCCUGAGGCCCCAGGCUGUGGUGAACGGGGCCCCACCGAGUCCAGCGCCUGGCUCCGCGGAGCCUGGGCAGAAACUGCAGGUCGGGAAGAGAAAGGACAGGCUGGACGCUGCCCUGCCCCUGGUGAAAAAGGCCAAAGCAUCCUCCAUGGCGGGGGCUGGGGGCCCUAAGGCCAGGCUACGGAGGAAGCUGCGGCAGCCAGGGGCCGAGGACAGCACCGAGUGACGUGGGAGGAAGAGGGGGGGACCUGGGGCACCCAGAGACUUCUAUUUUUGCACCCAGAUCCAAUAAAACCAGCGUCUUCUGGC